AUGAUAUCUGUCUUCCGACUACCUGAUUGGGUCUACCAUCUCCUCACUACUUCAGUGUGGUUUAUCGUUCCCUGGUCUUGGUUCUAUUGCAUUUAUUAUUUACUUUUCAAUAAACUCUUUGAUACUUUACCAAUCAUACCUUUUUACUUGAAACCACAUCCAAUCUUAUUUUCUUAUGCUUUACUUGAACUUAGCUUUUCCAUUUAUUACUUUUAUCAAUCUGAAUUGGCUCAACGUCGACUUCAAGCUUUCAGUCAUCCUCCGCAUCUCUUAAACACUUGUUUAGAACGUGUUAGUAAAUCUGGACUCAAUCGCUCUACGCCCGAUGAGUCAUUAAAAGCUGUAGAUUGGGCUUUAUCAAAAUUUCAAGAUUUCAAUCUCUCAUUUCCAUCCUCAUUGACCCCUUCAUCAUCGAGCCCAUCAAGCUCUGAUCAAAGUUCAUCCUCAUUCUCAGUACAUUCUAUCGAUAAUCAAAAUCUUCCUUAUAAAUCGGAUGUACUACUGGAGGAACCUUUAUCAUUUGAGGAUCCAAGAGCAGUAGAUUUGAGAGCUCAUCAAGUGAUUUGGUUCGGUAAUUGUGAAUGGGAUGAGAUUUGGCAUGAUAAUAUGUUAGAAUGGUUAGCUUGGACGGUUUCUGGAAUGCAUCUGCAUGAGUUAGAUACCACCACAGAAGGUCAAACUAUUUUAAAAGCACUUCAACCUACUCUGAAAGUCUUCGAAAACCGAGCUGGAUCAAGAUUUCCUUUGGGUUAUAAUCCUCAACUUCGAAACAAAGUCAUGAGACUUACUUUAGAUCCGAUCAAAGUUACUGCUCAUCCACUUGCUCUUUACGCUUUUACAAAUAUCACGAGCUGGUCUGUUAAACAGCUGAUGAUCUCGCGAGGCUUCGUCGAAGCUCAAUGUGUUAAUCGAUCCAACGGUUUACUAUAUCUAAUUCGAAAACCACCAGGCUGGGACGAGUUGCCGGUUGAAACCCGAACUCUUCCUUUUGUCUUCAUUCACGGUUUGGGUAUAGGUCUCGUUCAAUAUACCCGUUUUCUUAACUAUCUCUCCAAUUCCACUUGGGCUCGAUCACGGCCUAUCAUGAUCCUACUACAACCUUCAAUCUCCCUUAGUUUCUUUGAUUCGCGACAUCUACAAUCACCAUCUAAACCAGAGAUGAUGUUAGAUAUGACAGAAGCUCUUCGUCAACAAAAUUUUGAUCAAACUGGUUUCGAGUUACUUGGUCAUUCUAAUGGAACAAUGAUAGCUGCUUGGUUAAUUAAUUCUAUGCCUAAUCUGAUCAAGCGCGUUUGUUUAAUCGACCCGGUUUGUUUUUGUCUCUGGGAGGGAAACGUCUGUCACAACUUCCUUUACGCUGAGCCAAGACCAGGAUUCGAAAGAUUAUUGAGAUACUUUGUGGCAACAGAAUUAGGAAUAGCCAAAUACCUACAUCGACACUUUGAUUGGGCAGCCAACAUCUUAUGGGUAGAUGAAAUACCCAAUUUUCAAGAUCCAAAGAAAUGUAAAGUGUUUCUAGCAGGUAAAGAUGUGAUCUUAAACCCAAUGAGGAUUAGAAGAUAUCUAACUGAAAGUGGAAUGGCUGAGAAUCAAUACGUAAAUGAUACUAAAGGUGGAUUGACAGUUGUUUGGGACGAUGCUCAUGGACAAAUUAUGGUAGAGGAUGGUCCUGCUUUUAAAGAACUGAUUAAUUGGUUAGAAAGUGACUAA